AUGUGCGACGAGGAGGUGGCUGCCCUUGUGGUGGACAAUGGAUCCGGAAUGUGCAAGGCCGGUUUCGCCGGAGAUGACGCUCCUCGAGCUGUCUUCCCAUCAAUUGUCGGUCGCCCUAGGCAUCAGGGUGUCAUGGUCGGUAUGGGACAGAAAGACUCGUACGUCGGUGAUGAGGCCCAAUCCAAGAGGGGUAUCCUCACCCUCAAGUACCCAAUUGAGCACGGUAUCGUGACCAACUGGGAUGACAUGGAGAAGAUCUGGCAUCACACCUUCUACAACGAGCUUCGUGUUGCCCCUGAGGAGCACCCCGUUCUCCUCACUGAGGCCCCACUUAACCCCAAGGCCAACAGAGAGAAGAUGACCCAAAUCAUGUUCGAGACUUUCAACUCGCCCGCCAUGUACGUCGCCAUCCAGGCCGUUCUCUCCCUCUACGCCUCUGGACGUACCACCGGUAUCGUCCUUGACUCCGGAGAUGGUGUCACCCACACUGUCCCCAUCUAUGAGGGUUAUGCUCUCCCCCACGCCAUUCUCCGUGUUGACUUGGCCGGACGUGACUUGACUGACUACCUCAUGAAGAUCCUUACUGAGCGUGGUUACUCAUUCACCACCACUGCCGAGCGUGAGAUCGUUCGUGACAUCAAGGAGAAACUCUGCUACGUUGCCCUUGACUUCGAGCAAGAGAUGGCCACUGCCGCCUCUUCAUCGUCCCUCGAGAAGUCGUACGAGCUUCCUGACGGACAGGUUAUCACCGUCGGAAACGAGCGUUUCCGUUGCCCCGAGGCCAUGUUCCAGCCAUCCUUCUUGGGUAUGGAGUCGGCUGGAGUCCACGAGUCGGUGUACAACUCAAUCAUGAAGUGCGACAUUGACAUCAGAAAGGACCUCUAUGCCAACAAUGUGCUCUCUGGAGGAACCACCAUGUACCCCGGAAUCGCCGAUCGCAUGCAGAAGGAGAUCACCGCUCUUGCUCCAAGCACGAUGAAGAUCAAGAUCAUCGCUCCCCCAGAGCGCAAAUACUCCGUCUGGAUCGGAGGAUCCAUCUUGGCCUCGCUCUCCACCUUCCAACAGAUGUGGAUCUCCAAGGCCGAGUACGACGAGUCAGGCCCAUCAAUCGUCCACCGCAAGUGCUUC